AUGACUGCUAUGAAAGACCUUACUACAAAGAAAAAGGUGGCUAAUGGUAAUACUUCUGCCAAAGAUGGUCAUGCUAAAAUGGAUAAGUCCAACACUUCAGGGAAACCUGAGAAGGUUAAUGCAAUUGGUGAUUUAUUAGAGACCACUGCUGAUAAGAAGACAAGUCACCAAAAGGUAGAUAAGGGUAAAGCCCAUUCUGAGUCUAAUAGUAAUUCUGCAUUUGAUAUGACUGAAGCUUUAACCCAGAUGAAAGUUACAGUGCCACUGUGCACAAAUAAUAUAGCUGAGUACGAGACCUUAUUAUUGGGGUUGGAAAUUGCUAAGAAACAUGGGAUUCAAUUGUUAAGAGUCUUUGGAGAUUCAAAACUUUUGGUUUCUCAGAUAAGAUCAAAAUAUGCAUCUAAGAAUGACAGGUUAAAAAAGUAUAAGCAUGCUAUUUGGGAUGUUAUUGAGUAUUUUGAUGCAUUUUCAAUUGACUGGAUUCAAAGGUCAAAAAACAUUAUGUUAGACUUCUUAGCUAAUGUUGCAUUGAAAAAUGAUGAUGUAACACUAACUGGAGUAUCAAUACUUGAGAUCAAGGCCAUACCUGCUAUCCAAAACAAUGUGUAUAACUGGUUUAUAGCCAACUUUGCUGAGAUUGUUAAGCCUAUUGUUAAGCUACUGAAAAAGGAUGCUAAGUUUUCUUGGGAUGAAGAAGCAACACAGACCUUUGACAAGAUUAAAAGGGCUAUUCAGGAAGCCCCAAUGCUAAAAUCUCCUGACUACAAUAAGGCUUUCUCACUAUUUUCCUUUGCUUCUCACCAUACAAUAGCAACAAUUUUGCUUCAGAAGGAUGAUGAAGGGUAUGCACAUCCAAUUUCUUUUAAAAGUAAAUCCUUGCAGGUUGCUGAGUUAAAAUAUGAAAUUAUGGAAAAACAGGCAUAUGAUUGGUCAAGGAUUUUAAAGCAUUCGGGCCUUAUCUUGUAA